AUUUGAACAUUUUCAUUUAAAUUAUAGAACCGACAUCAACGCAACUUGCGACACGCAUGACCGAUUUGUGAAAAAAAUAAACCUCUAGCGUUCACCAUACACACAAUCGAUCUAGAAUGGAUCAUAGAGAAUAGUAAACCAUUUUUUAUUUAUUUAUUACGUCGAGUGUCCUCAACUGACAUCUACCAGAUUACCCUGAGAUGCAACACAGCAGAGACUAAUCCGAUGCCCGGCCGAACCCACCCCAAGGCCCUGCAAGGUGGUAAGUAAACCAUUUUUGUUCAUAACAUAGAUGACCGACUUGAGAAGAAUAGGAAUACUUUGGUCUUCGCCGAAAAGGACAAUAGGCCUCCAGCUCAUGGGAGCAUUUAAGUCAUUUCGACUCUUAAAGAAGAGAGGGAGAGGGAGAGGGAGAGGGAGAGGAAUGGCUUGGUGAGUCAUUAAAUGGAAGGGGGCAAACUUUCUUAUCCAAAAUCAUGUCAUCAAAAUGAUAACUCUCUCUUUCUAUGAGGCGGAAGCGCAGGAAAUUGCCUUACCAUUACCUUUAGCUCUAGCCCUGGUUUAAGGUUUCUCCCUCUCUUUAACCCUCCUCCUCGAAUGCUACUGUUUUGGUCUUCAUCUUUCCUUUCUUUUUCGAUGAACAGUCAAUUGUAAGAGUCCGCGUUCAUACCCAAAAUCAGUGAAUCACACUCCAACACUCAACGAAACCGAACUAUGACAUAGCAAUGUCUCAAUAAUAUAAUAAAUAAAUAAGAACAUAAAUAAAUGUGAAUGGGGUCCUUAGAAAAUGUGAAGCUGCAACUUGGAAGGAUCCUGGUCUCUUGGCGGGCUAGAUAUCAGGUAGUCUUCUCGUCUGUCUUUGCUGUCUUCUUAAAUUUUUCUUCUCGGACACGGCACCCUCGGUCUCUCUCUCUCUCUCUCUCUCUCUCUCUCAUAUUUUAACUCCAGUUCAAUAUUUUCCACAUUUGAUCCGCGUAUCUUCUCUUCUCACACGGGUUUCUCUUGGUUGUGUCCAAUUUGAGGUUACAGGUUCCAUCACUUGCUUCCUCUGCAGGGGGUUUUUGCCCUACAAAAAUUUCUGGGUGACUUCUUUGGGAGCCCUACUCUGUUGUAAUUUUUGGUUCAAACCCUCGCAUGGGUUUUGGGUUUUAGCCUUGUAUUCUUUGGUCUCUCGUUGUUCUCACGUGUUGCGCUGAACUCCCGCCUGGGUGUUAUGUGUUUUCAUUCUUUUUCUAUAUAAGACUCAUCUUUUCCUUCAAUUUUCCCAUUCUGCCUUGUUUUUAGUCUUCUGGGUCUCAUUAUUUUACCUCAGUUCUUCCGUCAUUCGCUUGUUUUCCUUCUUGUUUUCUCUCCCAAUUCUGACUUGCAUUUACAUAUAGUCUGGCUCCUCUUCUUUCCCCACCAUAGUUGUGCAGUUGCUAUUAGCAGAAAUCCGGAUUCAGAAUUGGAAAAUAUUGAAAGCUUUUAGACCAUAUGGUGAUCUGUUGAAUGUGAACUAAUACAAACACGAGUUUGGAGAUAUUGAAGGCUUAGAAAAUGAAGUGCUUCUAUUACCUCAAGGAUAAAUCCAAGUCCCGGAAAGCAGAAUCAGCACCGGAAUUGGCCAACCAGAGCAGAUCGAAUUGUUCGGCGCAGCCGAGUCGGGGGGUGAACUCCUCGAGAUCCCUACCAUCUCCUAGGAGCCUAGCUGAAUUGCACAAAGAGAAGGAGCACAAUUUGAGAGUUUUCUCUUUGCAGGAGCUCAGGACUGCAACUAAUGAUUUCAGCAGGUUGCUGAAGAUCGGUGAGGGUGGAUUUGGGAAUGUAUAUAAAGGCACGGUUAUGCCUGCGUGUGGCCGCGGUGACCCCAUGGUGGUUGCCAUUAAAAAGCUUAAUAAAAAUAGCUUGCAGGGUCAUAAACAAUGGCUCGCUGAGGUUCAAUUUCUUGGCAUUGUUGAUCACCCAAACCUUGUAAAACUUUUAGGAUUCUGUUCUACUGAUGGAGAAAGAGGAAUCCAACGGUUGUUGGUAUAUGAGUUCAUGCCUAAUAAGAGCUUAGAACACCAUCUUUUCAGCAGGGCUUUGCCUACUCUUCCCUGGAAAACGAGAUUACAAAUUAUUCUUGGUGCGGCUCAAGGAUUGGCUUAUCUGCAUGAGGGGCUGGAAGUCCAGGUAAUAUAUCGAGACUUUAAAUCGUCAAAUGUGCUUUUGGAUGAGAAUUUCAAGCCAAAACUAUCAGACUUUGGGCUUGCAAGGGAAGGACCAACUGGUGACCGCACUCAUGUAUCCACAGCGGUGGUUGGGACUUAUGGAUAUGCUGCUCCAGAAUAUGUUGAAACUGGCCAUCUUUCAGUCAAGAGUGACAUAUGGACUUUUGGUGUGGUGCUCUACGAGAUCCUCACAGGCAGGCGAACAGUUGAAAGAAAUCGCCCGGCCAUGGAGCAGAAACUGCUAGAAUGGGUGAAACAGUUUCCAGCUGACAGCAGAAAGUUUAGCAUGAUAGUGGACCCAAGGCUCAGAGACCAGUAUUCUCUCAGUGCAGCUCGGAAAAUUGCAAAGUUGGCAGAUAGCUGCCUGAACAAGAAUGCAAGAGAUCGGCCAACAAUGGGUCAAAUUGUUGAGACCUUAAGACAAGCUAUUCAAGAUUCUGAAGAGGGAAGUCCUUCGCAAAACAUAGCUGAGUCAUCAGGAACACAUUCUGUGGCUUCAGAUAAACACCCAAAUCACACGGGAGUUGCUGACUUCGUGAAGGGGAAAAUGGUGCACGGUGGUCGGAGGAGAGAAAAUUCAUAUGGGGCAUGAAUUCUCAAAUAUCACAGAUUGGGGCGCGCUGACCAUGUAUCUCAUCAUUAUUCAUCUCAAAUCCAUUCAACACAAAUGUCCAAGGAAUUCUAGCUUUCUUUGGGCCUUAAUUAAUAUUCAACUUAAUGGAACCAUUUAAAAAAUUUUUUCAUUGAGAUGUUUGUUUUCCUUUUUUCUUAAUUUAUUAUUAUGGUUUUGUUUUUAAUGAGUUUUAAAUUUCACGAAGGGAGCAGAAGAAAUAAGUAGAAGAGUUGGGAGGGAACUGAUAUGUAUAUAUAUAGAAGGGAUGUAAAUUUCUAUACCCAAGGAGGAGACUUAUGAUGUAAUAUAAUUGAAAUGUUAUUCUCUUGAUUUAACAGACAAAAA